CUGACAGCGCCUGACGGGGCAGGUGGCAGGAGCUCCUCCUUCUCGGCACCAUGAGCAGCACCACCACCGGCCCGGAAGCUGCCCCCAAACCGAGUGCCAAGUCUAUCUAUGAGCAGAGGAAGCGUUACUCCACUGUGGUCAUGGCUGACGUUUCCCAGUAUCCAGUCAAUCACCUGGUGACGUUCUGCCUGGGUGAGGAGGAUGGCGUGCACACGGUGGAGGACGCCUCGCGGAAGUUGGCGCUCAUGGACAGCCAGGGCCGCGUCUGGGCCCAGGAGAUGCUGCUGCGCGUGUCUCCCGACCACGUCACGCUGCUCGACCCCGCCUCCAAGGAGGAGCUGGAAUCGUACCCGCUGGGCGCCAUCGUGCGCUGCGACGCGGUGCUGCCGCCCGGCCGGAGCCGCUCGCUGCUGCUGCUCGUGUGCCAGGAGCCGGAGCGCGCGCAGCCGGACGUGCACUUCUUCCAGGGCCUGCGUCUCGGGGCGGAGCUGAUCCGAGAGGACAUUCAGGGAGCCGUGCUCAACUACCGCUCGGGCCGCGGGGAGCGCCGGGCGGCGGCGCUCAGGGCCACGCAGGAGGAGCUGCAGCGCCGCCCCUAUCCUGCCGCGGAGACCCCGCCCCUGCAGCGCCGCCCGUCGAUCCGCGCGGUGAUCAGCACGGUGGAGCCGGCCGCGGGCCGCGGGCGACCGCAGGUGGAGCCCAUCCCCGAGGCGGAGGAGGCGCGGAGGCCCGGCCCGGCGGCGACCUCUAGCGGCGCUGACCCGGCCUCCCCUGACCUGGGCCCCCGCGGCCCGGACCUGGCCGGUCUGCAGGCGGAGCGGGAAGUGGACAUCCUAAACCACGUGUUCGACGACGUGGAGAGCUUCGUCUCGAGGCUGCAGAAGGCUGCGGAAGCUGCCCGAGUUCUGGAACACCGCGAGCGCGGCCGCAGGACCCGGCGCCGGGAGGCCGGGGAGGGCCUCCUGACCCUGCGGGCCAAGCCGCCCUUGGAGGCCGAGUACAUCGACGUGCUUCAGAAAAUCAAGUACGCCUUCAGCCUGCUGGCCCGGCUGCGCGGCAACAUCGCCAACCCCUCCUCCCCAGAGCUGCUGCACUUCCUGUUCGGACCUCUGCAAAUGAUUGUGGACACGACAGGUGGCCCCCAGUUCGCGAGCAGCGUGCGACGGCCGCACCUGACGUGCGACGCCGUGGCGCUGCUGCGGGACAAUGUCACCCCACGAGAAAACGCGCUCUGGACCUCGCUGGGGGACUGGUGGACCUGCCCGGGGCUGGAGCUGCCCCUGGAGGAGGGACCCCCAUACAGCCCUGACUUCUACAGCGGCUGGGAGCCCCCGGCCACUGACCCGCAGGGCCGCGCCUGGGAGGAGCCGGUAGAGAAACAGCUACAGCACGAGCGGCGGCGCCGGCAGGUGAGGCUAAGUCCUCGAUGGGAGCAGCAGGCUUCCCCAGGCAACGUAGCGGGGCCAGCCCCGCCUGACUUGCUGCCCUCUUAUCUCCUGCAGCAAAGCGCCCCCCAGGUCGCUGUCAAUGGUCACCAAGACCCGGAGCCAGAAGCUGAGCCCCAGCCGGAGCCAGAGCCGGCGGGGAAGUGGGUCCUAUGUAACUAUGACUUCCAGGCCCGCAACAGCAGCGAGCUAUCCGUCAAGCAGCGGGACGUGUUGGAGGUCCUAGAUGACAGGCGCAAAUGGUGGAAGGUUCGGGACCCCUGGGGGAAGGAGGGAUAUGUACCCUAUAAUAUCCUGACACCCCACCCCGGGCCGCCGGGGAGCCGCAGCCAAAGCCCUGCCCGCAGCCUGGAAAAUAGCAUUCCCCCUCCUCCACCGGCCCCGGCCCUGGCUCCUGCCCCGGCUCCUGCCCCGGCUCGGCCCCGCUGGGACAGCUGCGACAGCCUCAACAACUUGGACCCCAGAGAGAAAGACAAAUUCUCCCAGAUGCUCAGUGUCAACGAGGAGCUGCAGGCACGCCUGGCCCAGGGCCGCUCCGGCCCCAGCCGCGCAGCCCCGGGCCCCCGCGCCCCGGAGCCGCAGCUCAGCCCGCGCUCGGACGCCUCGGAGGUCCGCGCCUGGCUGCAGGCCAAAGGCUUUAGCUCCGGGACCGUGGAGGCGCUGGGCGUGCUGACCGGCGCGCAGCUUUUCUCGCUGCAGAAGGAGGAGUUGCGGGCGGUGAGCCCCGAGGAGGGGGCGCGAGUGUACAGCCAGGUCACGGUGCAGCGCGCGCUGCUGGAGGACAAAGAGAAAGUGUCAGAGCUGCAGGCGGUGAUGGAGAAGCAAAAGAGGAAGGUGGAAGGCGAGAUGGAAACGGAGGUCAUUUGACCCUUCCUUCCCGGCUCUCCGCGAGUUUCGGGGCAGCCCUGUGGGAGCACGGACUCUGCAGACUGCCCCCACCGAUGGAAGUAGACCCCUCGAAGGAUCGCCGACCCGUUCCGGUCCUGGUCUUCCCGCCCGGUGGAUAAAUUGGCCCGUCCUUGCAGGAGUCUCCUGAGCGAGCGUUCGCGGACUGGAGCGGGGAGGGCAGCGGGGCGCAAUUUAGAAAAAGCGCCAUCGGCGCGCCCCGGGAGAGGGCGCGCUCGGGAGCCCUGUGCAUGGAGAUAUGCUGCCCAGUCUAUAAACAGCCUCUUCUUA